AUGGAGGGUGUGAUUACUAACAAUGAGCCAACUAUUGCAGAUUUCAUCACCCAGACAGCCGCAGGUGUAAACAUUAGACGAGUGAACCCUGCAACACCCCCCGUCGCAGUGCCUGGAACCAGUCGAAUGAGUCCUACACCAUCCGACGUCGUAGUGCCGGGCGCAAGUCGAGAGAGUUCAACCACCGGCAACGAUUCACAAGCGAGUGCGGGUAGCAGGACAAUUCGCUGUGAGAGUUGCAGCUGUGAGGUAUCGAGGAAUGCACAUGCGGCACAUCUGAAAAGCAUUAAACAUAAGGCACAUCUAUGGAGACCUUUACAAAAUAAUGUGUCAGUAUGUCGAAGUGCAUUCCGAGGUAGUAAAAUCGAACAAAAAUCGAAAGACUUUGCAGAAAAAGACUCAGGGUGGGUGUUGGAAAACAUUUUAUAUUUAGAAAUUAAUAUUAAUAAAUAUAAUCCGUUGAGGGCAGCAGCAUAUUUGCCGCUUCCUAAGGAAAUCACGAACAAAAAGGCUGUACUCAACAUACGUAACACUGAGUACUGCUUUGCAUGGUCGAUUGUAGCUGGUAUGAUAAAACCAAAGGGUCGAGCGUCACUAACAACGUCAUAUCCACAUUUUUCGAACAUUCCUGGUUUAAACUUUGCAGGAAUGGACUUUCCCGUUGCUCUCAAGUCAAUAUCAAAAUUUGAAAGAUUGAAUAAUAUGUCAAUUAACGUUUAUGGAAUAGAAAAGGAAUUCAUUGAUGGAAAGUCUAAAUAUCAGGUGGUAGGACCGUUACAUUACACGGCGCAAAAACAACCCACUCAUCUGAACUUAUUACUUAUUGAUGAUUCAGAAGUUAAGCUGCCCCAACUGGAAACCAGAGUUGAUCGCCUUGGAAACACGGUAAUGGAUAAUGUGCUGAAAUUUGAACAGCAUCACAAACAAUUAAGACUACCGUUUUGCGUUUAUGCGGACUUUGAAUGCAUCCUAGCUCCGAUAGACAAUCACUCAAGUGCUUCAGAGGAUAUGCGAUUUGUCGAUUCAUAUCAGUUUCUAUCGUCAAAAUUAGAAACCUUGGCAUCCUUUUUAAGCGCAGAACAAUGUCGGACGGUACGAAAAGUCUUUCCUGAGGACGAAAAGUUCUCCUACAUGAGAUGCAAAGAUGUCUCAAAAACGGUAAUAUAUGACUUUUUCUAUGACUUUCUGAAGCGUCAAUAUGGUGAUAAGGUGUCUGUAGCUUACACGGACACUGAUUCGCUAAUCGUACAUGUUGAAACCGAUAAUUUCUAUGAGGACAUGAAAUCACACAUACAUUACUUUGACACAUCCAAUUAUGAUGCUUCCAACCCACAUAAUAUGCCUCAAACAGCGUCAGAGUUGGGUAAGAUGAAAGACGAAUAUGCUGGUAAGAUACUGUCUGCAUUUUAUGGUAUAGGUCCCAAAGCAUACUGUAUAGAUGCGGUAUACCAAGUAGCUAAACGAGCCAAAGGUAUAUCUAAGGCGAGUGUAAAAAAUCAGUUACAUUUGCUACAUUAUAAGGAUAUUGUUGAGGAGAAACGGACAUCUGUAUACUGUACGAUUUAUGUAUUUAAAUCGGAGUCGCACAAUAUCUACACAAAUUAUAUAAAAAAAGUAGCAUUGACCAGUACGGAUGAUAAACGUUUCUUGAUACCAAACUCAACAAAGACAUUAGCUUGGGGUCAUCAAGAUAUAUUAUUUCAUAACAUGUCACAUGAGGAGCGCUUGGAUACAUUACUGCACUUGAUGCAAGAAGCCAUUGUGUUGAAUAAUAAGCAUCAGAUAGCAUGA